AUGGUUGAGCCUGCAACUGAUACCAAAUCAGCAGCAAAGGUUGUGCCUUUGUUGAAAGAUGAGCUUGACAUUGUUAUACCAACUAUAAGGAACUUGGAUUUCUUGGAGAUGUGGAGGCCUUUCUUUGAGCCAUACCAUCUUAUCAUUGUUCAAGAUGGUGAUCCGUCUAAGACUAUUAAGGUCCCUGAGGGUUUUGAUUACGAGCUUUAUAAUAGGAAUGAUAUUAACAGGAUUCUUGGUCCUAAGGCCUCGUGUAUCUCUUUCAAGGACUCUGCUUGUCGUUGCUUUGGUUACAUGGUUUCUAAGAAGAAGUAUAUCUUCACUAUUGAUGAUGAUUGCUUUGUUGCUAAGGACCCAUCUGGCAAAGCUAUCAAUGCACUUGAGCAGCACAUCAAGAACAUCCUCUCACCAUCAACUCCAUUUUUCUUCAAUACCCUCUAUGAUCCUUACAGAGACGGUGCAGAUUUUGUGCGUGGAUACCCCUUCAGUCUUCGUGAGGGUGUCCCUACUGCUGUUUCCCAUGGCCUCUGGCUCAACAUUCCUGAUUAUGAUGCACCUACUCAGCUUGUUAAGCCUCUUGAGAGGAACACUAGAUAUGUGGAUGCUGUUUUGACCAUUCCAAAGGGCACCUUGUUCCCAAUGUGUGGUAUGAAUUUGUGUUUUGACCGUGACUUGAUUGGACCUGCAAUGUACUUUGGUCUCAUGGGUGAUGGCCAACCAAUCGGUCGCUACGACGAUAUGUGGGCUGGCUGGUGCACCAAGGUUAUCUGUGAUCAUUUGGGACUAGGAGUGAAGACAGGUUUGCCAUAUAUCUAUCACAGCAAGGCUAGCAACCCGUUUGUGAACCUCAAGAAGGAGUACAAGGGCAUCUUCUGGCAGGAAGAGAUCAUUCCCUUCUUCCAAGCUGCCACUCUUCCGAAAGACUGCACCACUGUUCAAAAGUGCUACAUUGAACUGUCCAAGCAGGUGAAGGAAAAGCUUGGGAAGGUUGAUCCUUACUUUGAUAAGCUUGCUGAUGCCAUGGUUACUUGGAUUGAUGCCUGGGAUGAGCUUAACCCCUCCGGAGCUUCUGCUAAAGUUUCCAAUGGCCAAGCUUAA